UUCCGAACCUCUGUUUCUAAAUGCCGGAGCGAUAUCCACGGUGCUGCUAUCGCUUCUUCUUUUUCGAUACGGGAGUCAGUGGUCGAAAGCAGUGAUUGUGUGUGAAUUGACGUUUUUGAAUUAAAUAGUUGGCGUUAAGAUGUUGGAAUAUGAAACGAGGAUUCAAACUGCAAUUGUCCUGUUAGGAUUUAUUGUAGUCCUAUGCAAUGCCGAUGGUUAUGGUUACCAUCCCACCCAGCAUGCAUCAAAAAAUGUAUCCCUAAGAUGUUACGAUUGCAAUUCGGAAUUUGACCCCCGUUGUGGUGACCCAUUUGACCCCUACACCAUAGGAAUUGUAAAUUGUACAGACAGAAGACCCCCAGAGCAACUUAUUGAGUCCGACCCUGAUAUCCAACCCAAAGUUUGUAGAAAAUUAGUACAAAAAAUCCAAGGAAAACUUCGUAUUGUUCGUGGAUGUGGCUAUCUGAGGGACGAAAGGGACGACAAGGAGUGUGUCGCAAGAAGUGGCACCAAGGAUAUUCAAAUCAAGUACUGCGCAUGUACAGGUUCCUUGUGCAACAAAGGUCACAAGGAGCAGUCCUUUGGAAUAAUGACUUUAGUAUUUUCGAUUAGCGUGACUUUAAUGUGUCUAAAAUUAACGACAUAGGUAGACUAGUUUUUGAAAUUUUUCAGUGAGAUUCGACAUUUUGUACUAGUUGCUUCAAGUUGUACGUUUUUUAUUCGUUAACCAAA